AUGGCAACAACAUGCAUGAAGUGCCAUUAUGAAGUGCUGGGAGUUCCUAGAGAUGCAUCAUCGGAGGACUUGAAAAAGUCAUACAGAAAGUUGGCACUCAAGUUUCACCCAGAUAAGAUCCCCGACAACAUAGAAGAAUCAACGCAGCAGUUCCGCCUUGUCCAGCAAGCAUAUGAGGUACUCAGUGAUGAAGAGCGCGCCUGGUACGAUAAACACAGGGAGCAUAUACUUAGGGGAGAUACUGUUAAACGGCAUACAAUCGGAAAGAUGACGUAUACCAGUUCCUACGCCAGGAUCAUGGCUUUGGCGUUUCUCCCGGCGGAGCACAUUCCCUCCGUGUUUGAUGCCUUGGACGACCGGGCCAACAAUGAACAUCUGGACGCUGCCAUGGUGUACAUCUACAACACCUGGAGUAAUAGCAGCGUCUUUACAGUUGAGUGUUGGUCAAUCUUCGGGAAAAGCAUUACGACGAACAACGAUUGUGAGGGAUGGAACAACCGUCUCAACACCAGGUGCACGAUGGACCGCUUCAUCAUACUGCACACAAAUACCGUGUCACCAGGCCCGGCGCAGACCCCACAAGGUUACUUUAUGCUCUCAUUUGUGACUGCUCUAGACGUGCCCUUCACGUUGUCGAACAUGUACACUGUAUUAGCGAACCUGUCAGUCAGUACCAACGUGUUCUUUGACUGGACAUACGUGCACCUACUUUCAUCAAUGUUGUUUUGUCUAUUGAUGAAAUUAUCACUCAUGACAAGAGCGUUCACUGGAUUCUUCGGCUCAGUAGUGGAGGAGCCAAAGGAAGCAUCAUUGCGUCCAGUGGUUAAGCUGUUCUACGACCAUUGGGAGAGCUACUGCACGGCCAAGUAGUAUGUGUGGAAAGACAAGUACGACACGCGUGAGGCGCCUGACCGACGUGUCAGACGUCUCAUGGAGGCAGAGAACAAGAAGCUAAGGGAUGCUGCUAAGAAAGAGGGGAACGAGGAAAUCAGAAUUCCGCAAAAGCAGAUGGUGUUGUCCCUGGUUAUCUGGGAACUGCACAGACCAAUCUGGGAUGACACUUUAAGCACAUGCAUUAAACCUGAUUUUCUCAGUGAGAGGUUCUGUAAUUAUCUACAUAAACAGUUCUUGUCUUUAAAAUCUGCUUUACAGCAUACUACUUGUGCUCCACCAAAAGAAAAGAAGCUGGAGAACUACCAGGAAGCCGCAUGGUCGUCAGCGUCUGCGCUGGAGGAUCACUACCAGGACCUGGAGGCCAAGUAUGCCCAGCAGUUUGGAGACACCCAAGCUGGCAACGAAGACAAUGUUGAAGAUGAAGAAGUCUAUGAUGAUCUGUACUGCGUCGCUUGUGACAGAGCCUUCAAGAACGAGAAAUCAUACAAGAACCAUGAGAAGUCUAAGAAACACAAGGACCUGGUUGCUAUGAUACGGGCUCACAUGGCGGAGGAAGAAGGGGUCACCCUGGAGGAUGGGGACCAGGGGUACAUGGAGGAGAGACUGGGCCCAGAGGGGGAACCAGACAUCGAGGAGCCCCCUGGGCAGCAGAGGUUAGUGGUUGUCGUGGGAAGAGCUGAUGAAUUGGACAGUGUUUCAAACACAUUGGAAAAUGUGUCGCUUCAAGAUGUUAUAGAAAGCGCCAGUAACAAAAAAGUUAAAUCUAAACGAGAUAAGCGAAGAGAAAAGCUUAGCAGAGAGCUUCUUGAAGACUCGGAUGAAGACGAGGAUAUACCCAAUGGUGUACCAGCAGAGGAGACCAAAGAACACUCUGAAGAAACUGAUGGUGAUUCUGAAAAUCAGGCUGUGGAUAAAACUAACGUAGACAAUAAUAGGCUCAACACUGAUGUCAGUGAUGCAGUAAAUGAUGGUGAUACAGAUGACUGUCACAAUGUUGAAGACCAGGCUAUUGAUUCUAUGAAAGAAGCAGCUGAUAUGGACAUGCAUGCUGAUGUUAAUGCAGAUGAUGUUGCUGCAAUGAAUGAAAGGAAAAGCAAAUACAAGAAAAAGAAAAGUGAGCCUGAUCCAAAUCAGAAAAUGGGUCGCUGUGAGAUCUGUGGGUCAGACUUCCCCUCCAGGUCGAAGCUGUUUGACCAUAUAAAGGCCACCGGUCAUGCCAAAUUGAAGAAUGCCCCACUCACCGAAGAUUCUAGUAGUAAAGAGAAGAAAGGAAAAAAGAAGAAAGCUAUAAGUAAAUGAUUGCUAAAGUGAUAUUUAUUGUUGGUGAAUUUAACUUAUAUUUGAUUACAAUUGUUUGUAUAUUAAAAUAGCCAUGAGUUUAAA